AUGGCUACAAAGUUCGAUGCGGCUUUAUAUAAUUUUCGUAAGAAAUGUCCUUACAUAGGCAAAGAUCUUCUCCGCUGGUUUCCAGGUCACAUGAACAAGGGACUGAAACAGAUGCAGCGCACUUUAAAAUCUGUAGAUUGUGUAAUAGAGGUGCACGAUGCUAGAAUUCCAUUCAGCGGUCGAAAUCCUAUCUUUACAAGCACUAUAACUGGUGCUAAACCUCAUAUAUUAGUUUUUAAUAAAAAAGAUUUAACGAUACCCAAGCUACUUCCCAAAGUUAAGGAUCAGUUACGCGAAGAAGAAGGCAUACAGAAUGUAGUGUUUACAAAUUGUAAAGACCAAAGUUGUCGAGGUCUAAAGAGUUUACGACCUCUUAUGGUAGAUUUAAUCAAAAAUUCGAAUAGGUAUAACCGUAGUGAAGAGCUUGAUUAUAAUGUGAUGAUAAUCGGAGUGCCCAAUGUGGGGAAGUCAUCACUAAUCAAUAUGUUACGAAGCACAUACAUGCAUGUGAAACAUGCACUGCCAGUUGGUGCCGUUGCUGGAGUAACGAGGAGUUUGAUGACAAAGAUGAAAAUAAAUAACAACCCUAAGAUUUUUAUGUUUGACACACCAGGUAUUCUAGAGCCAUCGGUAAAAGAUGUAGAAAUGGGUUUGAAGCUCGCUCUAUGUGCGUCCCUCCAGGAUCACUUAGUGGGUGAGGAAGCAAUCGCAGACUACUUGCUAUAUUGGUUGAACAGUCACAGUAACUUCAAGUAUGUUGACUACAUGGGACUUUUGGAGCCUUGCGAUGAUAUACAUAGGGUAUUAAUAUCUGGUGCAGUGAAAUUCAAUCGGGUCCGAACGACCCGUGACUUUGACGGUCGAACGAGGACCGUGCCUGAUGUGUUGGAGGUCGCCAGGGUCAUGAUCAAAGCAUUCAGAACGGGAGAACUGGGGAAGACGCUGCUAGACGUGGACAUGCUGAGACAUAGAGACACGAAGAUAGAACAGGAUAAAGCGUUAUCAUAG